CAUAAAAAAAUUAUGUAUAACCAGGCAGACGCCCAUUCUCUCUCUUUCUCUUCAUUGCGUUACACGAUUCACGGCUCCUUUUAUUUUUCUUCAUUUCUUUUCAUUACCUAAUUUCCCUGUUUUUUUUUUUUCCAUAUUUUAAAUAUUUUUCGCAUUUAUAAAAAAAUAAUUAACAGUAUGGUACAGUAAGGGUUUCGGAGAUCGGUGGGAUUCGAAUUUGAAUGUGGAUGGUGAUUUAAUUGCCGGGAUUUCGAUUUAUUUUCCGGCGAAAUAUGGCCUCCGACUUGCAGAUGAGCCCUCAGUUGGAGCAGAUCCACGGCGAAAUUCGUGAUAAUUUCCGAGCUCUGGCAAAUGGCUUCCAGAAACUGGAUAAGAUCAAAGAUUCAAACAGACAAAGUAAACAGCUGGAAGAACUUACUGGGAGGAUGAGAGAAUGUAAAAGAUUAAUUAAAGAGAUGGAUCGUGAAAUUAAAGAUGAGGAAGCCCAAAAUCCUCCUGAAGUCAAUAAACGUCUCAAUGAUGAAAAGCAAUCUAUGAUCAAAGAGUUGAAUUCUUAUGUGGCUCUUAGAAAAACGUAUAUGAAUAGCCUUGGUAAUAAGAGGGUUGAACUCUUUGAUAUGGGAGCAGGAAUUAGUGAACCUACAGCCGAUGACAAUGUUCAAAUGGCAUCAACUAUGUCAAAUCAAGAGCUAAUUACAGCUGGGUCAAAGACAAUGGAUGAGACUGAUCAGGCUAUUGAACGUUCCAAAAUGGUUGUUGAACAAACAAUUCAAGUGGGAACCCAAACUGCUACGACCUUAAAGGGCCAAACUGAACAAAUGGGCCGUAUUGUUAAUGAGCUGGACACAAUUCAGUUCUCAAUUAAGAAGGCCUCUCAGCUAGUGAAGGAGAUAGGAAGACAGGUAGCCACUGAUAAAUGCAUCAUGCUAUUCCUAUUUCUUAUUGUCUGCGGUGUAAUAGCCAUCAUAGUUGUGAAGAUUGUCAACCCAAACAACAAAAACAUCAGGGACAUUCCUGGAUUGGCACCUCCAGCUCCGGCAAGGAGGCUGUUAUCUCUCAGCGGGUCAGAAGCAUUCUAGUAGAUUCAUCAUUUCAUGUUAGGAAGAAAUUUUCCGUGUCCAGAUUCCAUGAUUUGCAUUCAAGUGGAUGGCAGGAAAGAUACGAGUUCAUGGGCAUAUGCUUGUCAUUUCAUAUAUGUUCAAGCUCCUAUAUUCUUGUCUUGGUUGAGAUGUGCAUAUCUUGUAUUUGAUAUUUUCUAUUUGUAAAUUUGAGCGGUUUUUGCAUUGUGUCAAAUGCUAUGCUAUGCUCUAUGGUGUAAAUUUGAGUGAUAGACCAUUUGUAUGACAACGAUGCUGUGAGAUUUGAGAUAUGUUAUAAUACACGAUGUAUUAUGUUUUA